AGGAAGAGUUUCUCUCAAAGAAUAGCGGAGUCAUAGAACUUAAUGAAGAACCACAAGAAAUUCCACAAAAUACCACAAAUAAUAUACCAGUAGAGACUAGACCAUCUGUAACACAACCUCUUCGGAGAUCUGAAAGGAUUUCUAGGGCGCCUGAGAGGCUAUACCUAUUGUUAGAGAACAAUGAAGAGGGACUCCUUUUGGAUAAUGAUCCAAUAAGUUAUGAUGAGGCAAUGUCGGACAUUGACUCAGAUAAAUGGCAAGCAGCUAUGCAAUCCGAGAUAGACUCCAUACGCAAUGCUCGCAAUAGGCAACCAUCUCUGUCUCCGUCCCCGCCUCCUUCGCCUCGUCAGCGUGCUACUCCCGAUCCAGACUGGGAUUUUCCGUGGCUUAUCAUUCAGUUCCAGGGUAUGCAUCCGCCUACUUUCACGGGGACUAAGAGUCCCACUGCCGUACUGGAGUGGAUGAAGGAGCUGGAUAAGAUCUUCGUCGUGCUCCCUCUCACUCAGCCACAACGCGUCUCUUUGGCUGGUUUUCAGAUGAAGAUGGAUGCUUCGGACUGGUGGAUUGAUUACUGGGCCUUGAGGCCAGAGGUGGAGCGCGAAGCUCUCACUUGGGAGCGUAUGAAGGAUAUCGUCCGAGACAAAUUUCUUCCCCAGAGUUUCCGUGAUCGCAUGGAGCAGGAGUUUUAUCAUCUCCAGCAGGGGAAUGCUAGCGUGGAUGAGUAUACACGCAAUUUCACUCGCAUGAGUAUCUUCGCUGGCGAUAUGGUGAAUACUGAUGUCAGGAAAGCCCGCAAGUAUCUGAAGGGGCUGAACCAGCGAAUUCGAGAGCUUGUAGGAAGUCAUGGAGCUAUGUCUUAUGAUGAUACCGUCCUGCGAGCUCAGGAGGUUGAGAUUUGUCUGAUUACGAUAGCUCCAGUUCCCUCCUAUUAUCAUGCUUCUCAGACCACUCAGACUGCUCCACCGCUCAUCUCCCAGCCACCUGUCAUUCCUCAGAUUUCUUAUCAGUAUCAUGUCCCUUUCACUGCUGUUACCCCAUCCUCUAGCUCUGGCAAGAGGAAGAGUGACCAACAGAACCGCAAGAAGGGCAAGCGCCCUAAUCAUGGCCCACGCCACCCUCAGCAGCAUCAGCCG